ACAACCGCGCGCGCCGCCGCCACCACCACACGCAGCGAGGGAGGGGCGCGCUGACCGCCGCGACGUCACUCCGUCCGCGAUCGAUCGCCGUCCGGCAUCUUGGACUACACCACUCAAAGCUCCUCAUCUUCUUCAGGGCCGACGAGCGAUGUAGUGACACACCAUGCAUAUAACGUCAGGACUGUCGCCGGCGUCCGGCGAAAUGCUGGACACAUCUGCGCUGAAUUUCUACGGAGAUGCGGGAGAUCAAUGCGGCGUGACUUACUUCGCAGCGGAUCACGCGGUGCCGGAGUCCUCGCACACCGUUGAAAUUGAAUACGUGUACGAACAACCAGAAACCUACGCUCAAAAUGACCUCGCAACGGAUUUAAACUUGCCUCAAAUCGAAACGGCUGCUGCGAAACCUGCAGAUCAAGAUGAAUCUUUGAAAAAGAUUCGAACGAAACACAAGCCCGAGAAGCCACCGAUUGAAGACAGUGAAACUGAUCUGACGAAUCUGACAUGGCUUCAAAAUAUAACAAAUAUUAUGUCAAUUCCUCAGUUCCCUAUUCCGCCGGUGUCGCCGAGUCCCCCUGUGAAAGUUCCACCGCAAAACACGAGGCUGCAGAAGUUCAAUCAAACGAUAGCGAAGUGCCAGAAGGACUUUACGGAGAACAAGCACGAGUAUCAAAACAAUAGUGAGAAGAAGCCGCCGUACUCCUACAGCACGCUCAUUUGCAUGGCGAUGAGGUAUAACAACGACAAGAUGACCCUUUCGGCGAUAUAUUCUUGGAUAAGGGAAAAUUUCAAGUACUACAGGAACGCAGACCCCACUUGGCAGAAUUCAAUCAGGCAUAACUUGUCGCUGAACAAAGUGUUCGUGAAAGUAGCUCGCUCCAAACAUGAGCCAGGCAAGGGCGGCUUUUGGAAGCUGGAUCUUGGGCAUUUGGAAGGCACAAAGCGCAUAUCAAACCGACCUCAUAAGAAGAAGAAGUCCAACGCAGCUGCAGGACCAAAAGAAACGCCCAACGAAGACGGAAUUGCCGUAGCGAAUAUACCUCAAGCUAAGACAAUAGAAAUAGUCGAGGCGAUGGUAACCGACGUGGACAAUUCUGUCACCUUGCAUCUACCGGAUUUCAACCUAGGAAGCAUCCAGUCCAUAUCGAAUAUAGACUUGGAAACCAAUAUAGGGGCAAAUGUGAUUGUGGAGCCUGUCGCUCCUUCGCCCCUGAUACCUGAAGAUGACCUCUCCUCUCUCCUCCUCAACCCUACGGACUGGGAUGACCUGCAGCUGGAUAUGUUGGACAACUACCUGGAUUCGUGUUUCAAGUAAGUUUGUGAUUUCCUAGUUUUUUGCAUGAUUGAUAAAUGUGUAGGACUACAGAUAGAGACGAAACUAUUAGUAUCUAACGUUAUACGAGUAGGUAUUUGUAAUAUCCUCAUAAACUUAAACAGUUUUAGGGUUUCUGUUUUUAACAAUCAGUAAAUUGUAGCAUUGUUUACUUACAUCAAUAGUUAUAGCACAAAAAAAACCGAUACCGAAUACUGAUAAUCGAAUUUUUAUUGUAAUAAAUAGCUAACGAUUACAUUAUAAAACACCCAAACCAGUAAUAUAAUAACCUGUACAUCUUGGUAAAUAAAAAAAAAAUCAUAGUUUGUGAAUCUGUUUCGUAGAUAUCAUUUACAACGUUUAUUUUUAUAAUUCUUAAGUGUAUUAUAGUAACCGAAUAGUCUAGUCACAAAAUGCGAAAGAUGUAACGUAAAUUAAUUAUUAAUUUAUUUUUGUUAUUUACGUAGAGUUAAGGCGAUAGGAGUUUGUGCACUAUUUAGUAUCAUUUAAGGGCGUUUAUUGUAACAGUAUUAAAUACUUAGUUAUUGUUACAUUUUGCUCAAUAAAAUGGCUCAAAAUUCAAAAGCAAGUUAACUUAAAAUAACAGUAUUAAAGCGAAGCUUAUUUGAAAAAAUAUUUUAUUUACAAAAUGAAAAAGUAUUUUCUUCUUCUUUCACAGUAAUAAUAAACUUAAAUGGGAUAAAUAAGAAUCUGUAUUUGCUGGCAGUAGGUAUUACUUUAAAAACAUAUUCGUAAAUUCGUAUAAACGCUCAUAUUUUAAAAAUUGUGUUAACUACUUUAUUAAGAAUUAAAUGUAUGUAGAUAUUGCAUCAUUGACUUUACCGCUCAGUAUUAUAUUGUACAAAGUUAAUUAUAUUGUGUGGCAAUGUUAGAUAACAAUUUAUUUAUUUAAUUAGUACUUUAGCGUGUUAUUUAAAACGUUUUUCAAUAGAAAUUUUCUGUCAAUUUAAAUGGGAACGAGAUUUAAAUACAAAAAAAUUAGACUACCCUACCCUAAUACCUACUUUAUGAGUAGGUAAAUAAAUCAUAAAAGAGAAUUUCGAAAUAAAUAUCUAGUCUGAAAAUGAAAAUUUCUAUUGAAUUUCAAAUUAAAUGUAUGAAAAAUGUUAUCAGAUAAUCCGUCCAGUAUUACGAAAAGCGGUCUUUACUGCAAUUGGGUAAUUUUUGCUCAGCACAAAGUGUAAUUUGUCAAUAAUUAUAAUUUAAAUUAUUGAUAUUCAUUGAUUUCAUUCAAGUAUUGAGUGUUAGACAAUGUAUUAAAAAUUUGCACAAAAAUAUGUACCGAUGUAAAUCGGGGUUUUAUGUAUAAAUAAAAAAUAAAAUUAUGAUAUGUUAAAUUAUUAGUACUAAUAAAUCUUCCGUCCAUGAGUGUCUUAAUGUAAAAAUUAACAGCAUAGUACAGUGGUACCUACCUAAAGUUUAAAUAAUGUAAGUACCUUUAUUAUGCAUUUUAUCUAUCGUAAUAUCAAACAAAUAAAUAUGUAGUUACGAACGACAAACAUUUAUUUACAAGUUUAGGUACUUUAAUGAAAAUAUAAUUUUUGUGUUACAAUAAGUACCUAUGUAACAAAGUAAAGUUACUUACGGAAUCUUCAGCCGCUUGCCCAAAUUAUUCGACAACUCAACUGACUAUUUUAGUGUUUCUAAUAUAAAGGAAAAAUUCUAACGAAAAACGAAAUUUUUGACGAAAGAAUUGGUACCUACGCAAAAAAUGUGGUCAAAAGUGCAAAAAAUUGAAGGGAAAAUUCGCGCCCCAAGUUAGUCGGUACAAAGGUUUCUAAAGUUUGGUUAAAGUUAAUCUAAGGUGUCAUUAUAAAAAUACGCGCCACUUUGAUUUUGGUAGAAUUGACCCCAAAUCUAGUCAUUUAAAAAUAUUUGUAUGAAAUUGUAGGUUUUAGUGUUUAGUGUAAAAGAUUUUAUGAAACAAAUGUGUAAUCGUAACUUAGACAAAGUCGUUUUGAUUGAACGCGAACAUAACUAAAGAUUUUUGUAUGUGUUUCAAUGAUACUAUGUUAUGUUAAAGAAUACCAUGUAGACACGGUACUGUCUUGAAGUAUGUAGCUCUACUGUGAAGUGCCGUGGGUAUCUUCCUUCAGAGACAGAGUUACAGUAGAAAUAUUAGUUAAUUAACUGACCCGAACGGGAAUCGAAUCUGGGGUUGUAUCUAUGCGUACAUAUCUACCCACAGCGCCAUGGUUCAAAGAAUUGGUAUAAUGUAACGGGUAGAAUUUAAAUUGAUGGUGUUAUCUAAAAAUCUAUUUCGUCCAAGUUUGCCUUAAAUAUAUUUUUAUGUAUAUUAAAUCAAUUUUGUCUGUAGUAACUUAAAUAUUGAAAUGGUUGUCUGAUUAACGAGGCUCAAAAUGUGUAUCGCAGUGUUUCAUGUUUAGAAGUGUCCUUACUACUUUCAAUAAAGUGUUAAGAAAACUUUAACAAUGUUUUAUUGGG